UUUGCUCAUGUACUAUCGGAGAGCAACAAAACCCAGCGGGGAUAUGGUGCUGUAAAUGACAGUAAAAGAGAAUUGAUCGUUUGAGUCGUUGUUAUCGCUUGUAAAACCCCAGUGAAUGACAUUUCAUCACAAGUUUUUUGCACUGCAGCUGGACCAGCGCUUUAUCCAGGUGUUGAUUUGACGUCAGUGAUGGCGAUCAAAAAGACCUACAUAAGCGUGGGCUACGCGUGUGUUGGGGUGUUGGUGGGAUUUUCGGCUUUUCUAGUCUGGAAUAUCGCAUACAAACAGCCGUGGACUGCCGCGAUGGGUGGACUAUCAGGUGUUUUGGCACUAUGGGCUCUGGUCACACACAUAAUGUACCUUCAGGACUACUGGAGAACAUGGCUGAAGGGACUGAAGUUCUUCAUGUUCAUAGGCAUCAUUUUCUCUGUGCUGUCAAUCAUUGCGUUUAUCUCCUUCCUCUGUGUUGCCAUCUCCCACAAAGAAUCCUUGAAAGAUCCUGCCAGUCUCUUCCUGUCGUGUGUGUGGAGCUUCAUAAGUUUGAAAUGGGCAUUCCUGCUGGCCCUCUAUUCUCAUCGAUACUGCAAAGAAUUUGCUGACAUCUCCAUCCUCAGUGACUUUUAAAUAUACACCCACAAUAGCACACUCAUGCCCACAGACAAACAAGCAUACAUGCUUAAAAAGUCUUGGCUGUUACAUUGUUGAAUGGAUAAAGAGGAAAUUAAACAUGAUUGGCAUUAGAGGGCAAAACGCAACUUUCAUAUCCGCAGGUCAGAGAGGGUGAAACGGGUGUUUUCGCCUGGCAGUCAUUGAUGCUCUAUGAGAGUUUGGGCAUACCAAGAUGGCCGCUCAAACACUUCCGGUGGCUUCACCUCCAGCUAGCAGUUUACCAUUGCAUCAACGAUUCAGUUUUAUCAAUAUAUACAGUGCAUCUGGAAAGUAUUCACAGCACUUCGCUUUUUCCACAUUUUGUUACGUUACAGCCUUAUUCCAAAAUGUAUUACAUUUGUUAUUUUCCUCAAAAUUCUACAAACAAUACCUCAUGACAAUGUGAAAGUAGUUUGUUUGAAAUUUUUUAAAAUUUAUUAAAAUACCGGCUGCCAUAUCACCCUGCGGCUAUUGCGUGGUUGCCCACUAAAGCUAAGCAGGGUUGAGCCUGGCCAGUACCUGGAUGGGAGACCUCCUGGGGAAAACCAAGGUUGCUGCUGGAAGUGGUAUUAGGGAGGCCAGCAGGGGGUGCUCACCCUAUGGUCUGUGUGGGUCCUAAUGCCCCAGUAUAGAGAUGGGGACACUAUACUGUAAAAAAAAAGCACCGUCUUUCGGAUGGGACGUUAAACCGAGGUCUUUACUCUCUGUGGUCAUUAAAAAUCCCUAGGGCACUUUCUCGUAAAGAGUAGGGGUUUAACCCCGGUGUCCUAGCCAAAUUCCCCCAUUGGCCCCUAUCUAUCAUGGCCUCCUAAUAAUCUCCAUCCCUGAAUUGGCUACAUCACUCUACUCUCCACCAAUAGCUGGUUUGUGGUGGGCGUUCUAGUCUCCCAGUUCCUGCCGCUGAAAAACCACACAGCAUGAUGUUGCCACCACCAUGCUUCACUGUAGGGAUGGUAUUGGCCAGGUGAUGAGCGGUGCCUGGUUUCCUAAAGACAUGACGCUUGCCAUUCAGGCCAAAGAGUUCAAUAUUUGUUUAAAUCAGACCAGAGAAUUUUGUUUCUCAUGGUCUAAGAGUCCUUCGGGUGCCUUUUGGCAAACUCGAGGUGGGCUGUCAUGUGCCUUUUACUGAGUGGCUUCCGUAUGGCCACUCUACCAUACAGGCCUAAUUGGUGGAGUGCUGCAGAGUUGGUUGUUCUUCUGGAAGGUUCUCCUCUCUCCACAGAGAAACGCUGGAGCUCUGUCAGAGUGACCACCGGUUCUUUGUCACCUCCCUGACUUAAGGCCCUUCUCCCCUGUUCACUCAGUUUGGCCAGGCGGCCAGCUUUAGGAAGAGUGCUGGUGGUUUCAAACUUCCAUUUACGGAUGAUGGAGGCCAAUGUGCUCAUUGGGACAUUCAAUGCUGCAAAACAUUUUCUGUGCCUCGAUACAAUCCUGUCUCUGAGGUCUACAGCCAAUUCCUUGGACUUCAUGGCUUGGUUUGUGCUCUGACAUGCACUGUUAACUGUGGGAUCUUAUAUAGACAGGUGUGUGCCUUUCCAAAUCAUGUCCAAUCAACUGAAUUUACCACAGGUGGACUCCAAUCAAGCUGUAGAAACAUCUCAAGGAUGAUCAGCGGAAACGGGAUGCACCUGAGUGAAAUUUUGAGUGUCAUGGCAAAGGCUGUGAAUACUUAUGUACAUGUGAUUUUGUUUUUAUUUUUUAUUUUUAAUAAAUUUGCAAAGAUUUCAAACUUCUUUCACAUUGUCAUUAUGGGGUAUUGUUUGUAGAAGUUUGAGGAAAAUAAUUAAUUUAAUCAAUUUUGGAGGCUGUAACAUAACAAAAUAUGGAAAAAGUGAAGCACUGUGAAUAAUUUCUGGAUGCACUGUAUGUAUAUUUAUAUGUGGUUUUAACACAUUAGACUAGGUUUAAUUACCGUUUUAAAUGUUGGACUCUUUAAUAUCCUUUUUUUGCAAGCAUAUGAACAAAAUCAAUAUUUCUGAGCCUUUUCACCAUGUGUGUUUUGUUUAUACUUGCCAUUUCUGAAUGAGGUAUUAAGAUAAGCCUUCUGUCUUUCUCCCUGCUGCUGUUCUCUUGUGGUAAUGUUUUACUCCACUCCCACCAAUGGACACAGAUAAGUGAUGGAUUUUUGUAUCUCAGCUGGUGACCAGCAGAUGUCACUAACAGACAGUUUUGAUUCUGCUACUGCAGAUGAUAUGAUAGCAUUUAGGUAUGUGACUGUUAAUUCUUGAAUAAGCACUUUAUUGUAUUGUAUGUAAACCCUUAAAUGAGCUGAUGAAUCUGGCUGUGGGAAUCUUGCUACUUUACUGUUAAGGGACACAUUAUUAUGUUGGAAAGCUCAAAGCAUUUUGUUAAUGUUUAUUGCUCUUGUUUAUCUUUAUAUAACUCCUAAGCAUUAUAACAGGAGCAACUUUUUUUUUUUUUUUUUUUUUCUUCAA